AUGUGGGAGACAGCAGCUCGCAGCACUAGGCAGUGCUGCGUGAACCGUGGUGACGAGAAUGCCGAAAGCAGUGUGGUUCCAUACCAUCCCGGCUCGGGAUUUUGGGACAUUCUCUGGUCGUCUUCGUGUCAGCGGACCUCCAGGCCUCGUGUACCGGCAGCGGCAGUCGAGGAGCUUUCCAGGGACGGCCAGAUUGCCCAGAGCCAAAGUGUCGUGCGCCGCCAUAUCGCAGGCUUACCAGGGAAGGAGCAUCUGUUGGCGUAUUCGAUCGUGCCUGACCCAAAUGGAUAUGGCACGAGCAGCGGAUCGAGGUUGCCACGCGCAAACUUCCUGCCAUGCAACACGACCGCAGCCAUCCCGAUCGAAAAUGACAAUUUUGUCGGGAAAGUGCUGCUGCUGUACCGACCAACGGAGGGGCUAGAUCGUGGGCAUCCUUACUACGACCACUUCCGGUCGCGUAAGCGCGGAUGGGAGCUUCGCUUACAGGGCAAGUUCAAGAAGGCUCCUAGGGGCAGGCUCUAUGUUGGAGCGGUUCUUCGUGAUUUCAAUUAUGACCAGCCAGUGGCCUCCACAUCCAUCCUUGCGAUGAAUACGGCCAUCACGCUGGUGAAAUAUACUUACAGGAUAUACUUCUCGUGGGGCGCUCGCUGCAAGGAGGCUCUCCAACCAGACGCGGAGCUCGGCCACGCUGUUUCGGAUCUGACGGUGUUCGACCAGAUCAUCAUCACUCCGGCGAGCAGGCCAAUUCCUCCCAUCUGCUCGGACCUGGACGAGCCUAGCGAUGUUUACGGGCUGAGCCUCAUGCGCCGGGACGUAGGACUGGCCGAAUACAGCCGCAUGGUUCAAGAGGUCGAGAGCUCCCUCAACACGCAGGACACCUACACCUUCAGGUUGUGGGGGCCCGCGCCAUUUCUCGACGUGCUGAAUUGGCAAUUGAAAAUGGGAGCCAGAGUCAGCCUCGAUCAUUUCAUGCAGGAUUUUCCCAUCCACGUCUGCAUGUAUGACCUACCUGAUGGUCAUGAUCAGACAAGUGAUGACCCGCGGCACUUGGAGUCGAAGAAGCGCUACUACUUUGACUUCAUGGGUUGGAGCAAUGUUGUCUCGAUUGCACCUGCAAUCUUUCAACGCUAUGUUUUUCAGAAUGCCCCCGACGGGUUCGUGAUGCAGCUGAGCAGGCAGUUCAGCAACAACAGCUUCCACUCUUUGAACUCUGGGAGCUUUAUGUCAGUGGAGUCAACUGCUUCGCGAAGACCUUUCUGGCGGAGAUGGCUAGAUCGCUUGAGGUGGAUACCAAAAUCCACCUGCAACUUCAACUCGCUGCCGCAGCCACUUCCGGCAUAG